GUUGUGGUACUUUUCAACUCCGCGAUUGAGAUAUUCUUAAUUUUGAUUCCGGGCACCAAUUACGUAAAAGUCGGUUGAAGCAUUGUCCUCGCUCUUUUUGUUCAAUGAAUCGUGUGUGGACUUUCUCAAGAACAAUAAGGUUGGGAGGUCAAUGGUCCACAUCAGUCCAAACUACAUAAAUCGUUGUUCUCAACUGGUCAAAAUGUAUUCCAUCCCUCGCCUCGUUUCUUCAACCGUCAUCGUUGCUUUCUACUAUCGGUGCUGGGCCACCUGAUCAUUCAUUCACUAAAGACGUCCUUGCAAUUGCUAUUAUUUCAAGUCAAACACUCUACGUCCUUAACCAUCUCCUAGACAUCAACUAUCUUUUCUAUCUUGCAUAAUGGUCGGCCCACGAGCAUAUAUUUUCUUUGGACUCAAUGUUGUCCGCUUCUUGAGCAUUGUGUCUCUCAUACUGGUCUUUGCCAGCAGUAUCUUCGUUAUAGUCACAGACGUCGAAGCUGUUAACACGUUUGAGGCUGCAAGGCAAAGUGGCAAUGUCACAGCGCAAGAUUUUGCUGACUGUGAAUAUAUCGAGAACAGCACCGUACCCAACCAGAUUGGCGGCGUUUUCUGGGCCAUCAUCAACCGCCUCCUUAUUAUCUUCCAAGUUGUCAUACUUUUCCUUUCUGAAAUUGGCUGGCCAUCCACUUUCUUUGAUCGCUUCUUCCCUGUGCUUGGUUCUGGCUUUGGACUUGGUGCUCUCGGUAUCUUCCAAGGACUUAUCGGAGCUGCAGUCCUCUCACAGCAUGUAGAUGACUUCACCCUUGUUUCCGCUUUUUUCCUUUUCGUCCUUGGCUGUAUAAACAUGUUCCUCGGUCUUCUCUUCCGGGAAUCGGCCAAGCGUAGACGUUCAAUUACGUUAUGGCGUGAAGGCGCCAAGGAUGUAUUGCCGACCAACCUGCGUCAUACUACCAACCUCAAUCUCGACCGCUCUAACUCUGGGCAGUCAUCCUCCUCUUCGACAGUAUAUGACGAGAAGACUAGGGAUGUUACGGAGUUCGGUGCAAUGAGGAAUCCAAGCAGAGCUGGUUACGGCUUUGGGCGCCAAGGUGAAAAGGCUGCAGGCCUCAAAGGCUUCUUGAUCUCCAAGCCUAUUGAGAGUCGCCCCCGCUAUGCACCUCGUCCCACUAGCGUUCCUUCCCGGUCCUCUCGUUCCCCCUCUCCUGAGCCUGAACCUCAUUUCGCCUCCAGCGGUUCCGCGAUUUGAUGAAAGUACAGACGCUUCCUAUCACUAAGAACUAUCAUGACGCUGCACGCAUGUCAUCAACAUGACCGGACUUACAUGGUCUACUUACAUGUGUACAAGUACGGACAACCCCAGCGGGAACGCUGGUCUCACGUCGAUAUAUUUACUGUAUGGUGUACACUAUUUUGUGCUGUAUUGGACAAUUGUAUGUUCAUUAGCAUUUCAUAUUGCAAUUAAUAGGGUUUGAAUGUAAGCUGACUCGAUUUCUGAUUUCUGCGAAAGUGUUCUUUGAUUGAUACUUGAAGCUUGAAGACUAAAAUACCCAAUUGAUGAAUGGGCUCUCG